CCCGAGCUUGCGCCCCACACCCAUCCACCCCUGCACCCCUCAGAAGAGGGGCCCCUCGCAGGCAGAGGAGCAUGGGGAGCCUCUGGGCACCUCCUCCUCCCGAGCCCCCUCUGCUGGAAGGCGCCCCUCGCCGGCCCCUGGCCCCUGCCCCCAGCCUCAGGGCUCGGGGAAGGCACCCACUUAUUCCCUCAUUUAUUCAACAACAGUCUCGUGCAGGUCCAGGUUGUACACCAAGUGUCUCCUUCCAACCUGGUGCUGGGUGAGGGGCAUGCAGGGCCCCUUGGGCCAGACCCCCCAGAUUCAACCACAGUGGGUCUUCUGGGCCCUUGGCCGCCCGGCUACAGACACCCGGGGGGAGGGUGAGCCCCUGCAGCCUCUUUGGGUUCAGCCUGGGGUGGCCCAGCCCCCCGCCCCCUGAGCCUCCCGAGGAGUCCCCAGGGCCAGUUCCGUGUGGACACUGGCAGGGCCAGAGCCCUCCUCCCCCAGAAAAGUGGGGAGGGACCUCUCCCCACCACGGCGGCCAUCUGCUUCUGGUCACCUGCAGCCCCUUGGCGCAAGGGUGGACACUCAGGGUGCCAGACGUGUCAUCUGGCAGGUGGGCCCGUCCUGGGCCUGCGCGGCCACAAGGCCUCCUUGCUCCGAGGGGGCCCUGUGCCCGUGAAGUCCCUGGCACAGCAGUUCCCACGUGUCCUGCAGCUCUGAGAAGCGGCUGUGGCACCAGGUCCAGGCCUCGAGGACCCUGCAGCAAGGCCUGCACCCUCCCUGCCUGGUGUGGACACUGAGUCUACACAGCCUGAGCCCCGGGGGCAGCACGUUCUCCUCUGACUCACCCCAGCUACUGCCGCCGUGCUCCUCAGCACAGAGCCUGGCCUCAGGCGUGCUGUUCUGGGCGGCGGGCCCCCGGAGCACCAGGCGGCGGGCAGCAGCUCCGUGUCGGCAGCAGUGUGGGAUGUGGUGCCCAGAGCCCAGCAGUGACCCCAGAAGCCCCAACGCACUCAUGCUGUGGAGCAGGUGGCGGCGGGGUUGAGGCCCGGGCCCAGGAUGGAGGGAGUCAGUGUGAGCUCCGGCCCCAGGGCCAGGGCGACAGGAGGGGGGGGCCGUGGUUUGGGGUGUUUGUUGACAGGCCCUAUCCUGUGGAGCAGAGGCUCCUUCUCGGCCUGAGUCCACCCCCAAGGAGCACUCUGGCCGGUGUGGCUGUGCCUGCAGGCAGGGACCCCAGGACCCACCUUGUGGGGUGCUCAGGCUGGGGGCGGUGCCACUCAGGGUCACUCCCAACUUGAGGGGCGCUGUUGGGGUUCCAGGCAGAUCCCCAGCCACGCAUCCCUUUCCGUGUCCCCUGCUGCUGGGCCGGUGCCCUCCCAGGACCAGUGGUGCUCACACCUGCCCAGCAGAUGCAGGAAGGAGGACACGGGGCGCUGGGCCCGCCGGGGAGGGCAGAGGCGGGGGGUCAGAGCCCGCGUUCCCCUCCUGCUCCCCGGGCCAGGCUGAGGCCAGAGCAGAUGGUGCCCCAAGCUUCUGCCUGCAAACAUGCGAGUGUAGAGUCAAAUGAGAAGACGAGCAUGGGGUGAUCCUGAGCCGAGGCCGGGCCAUGGGGCGUUGACCUCUGGGGUGAUGGGUGCCCUCGGGAAGUGGCGUGGAGUCCCCGGUCCCCCUCCAAGAGUGAGUUCUGUGUGGGGGCUCGGGCCUGCGGUCCCGGGAUGCAGGCACCUGCGAAGUCUGCAGUUCUCUGCUCGCCCCGCUGGAUGAACCACCAGGGCCAGCGGCCACCAUCCGUCCCCAGCAUCAGGACGAGGGCCCCAGUCCUCACCAGGUAUGUGAGACUGGCCCGCGGGGAACCCGCUCACCUGGAACCCCAGAGACCCAGGGCAUCUCAGAGGUGGCGUGGGCAUCCAGCCAGCGUCUGGAGGCCCCACAGCCCGAGCCAGGCCAGAACCCGGCAGGAAGUUGUGGGUUGUGGUUGCGGCCAGCCCACUUGGGCUCUCUUCCACCAGGAUGGGGAGUGUCAGCCCCGGGGAACAAACUCACUUGAGACUCUCCCGCUUGUGUUUAGGCUGGAGCCGAGGGCUGCCAGGCAAGCAGCCCUCCCGGGCGCCCCGUGAGCCCGCCCCACACCCCCACCCCGCCGUCCCUGGCCCGCAGCCGGGAGCUGGGAUGCUGGCCGGGCGAGCCGUGCUCUUCCUCUCCCUGACCUGGACCACCUGCCGUGGCCUGGCGAUGCCCCGGGUCACAGAAUGCGGCGUCUCCUGCUCUCCGGGCUUCGCCUGCAGGAGCCGAGUGAACCGGAACAUCUUUAACAGCUUCUGCCGGCAAGCCCCCAGGUCCCUGUCCCCGUCGGUCCUGGAGGCCCUGACGCUGUCCACUGCCAUGAAGUGCGCCCCCCACGAUGACUGCUCCCUGGUCCUGCACGUCCAGGCCUCCCUGACGCUGCAUGAGGGCCUUCGGGGCCUGGAGGCCUGCUCCAUGAAUGUCGACACCCAGGAGACACGGUGUCAAAGUGUGCGGGUCUCCAGAGCCUCCCGCCGACUGCAGGUGGGGCGGCAGCUCCAGGUGCAUUUUGACUGCUUCGAAGUGGGUGUGGCUCAGAGCCUCUACGUCACCCUGAGGACAGUCCCCCACUUCUGUGGGAUCCAGCUGGACCGGCAGUACCACGUGGAAGACUGUGGAGACCAGGACGUGGGGAGGAACCUGCCCGGCUGCUCCGCCAAGAAGUUCUCUUACCGGGUGGACCGCGACCGCAAGGUGGUUCUGGUCCAGGCGCCCGAGGCCCCCGCGGGCUCCGACUACUACGUCCGCCUCUGCCUCAAGUGGUUCACCUGUGAGGACGUGGGAGCCCCGGCGCGAGUGACAGCCAACCGGCUCUCCCGCACCGUCUCUCUGCCCUACAGCCGAGAGCUGCCCUGCUUGUGCCUUGAGGGCUGGUCUGCGACCCCUGACGCCGUGCGGAUGCAGGCCUGUCCCUUCGAGGAUGACACAGAGGCACUGUGGGACGCCGUCCACUACCACCCGGGGGCCCAGGCCCUGAGCUGGGAGCCUGCCUGUCCCGUGAGUGGCCACGUGAGCCUGUGCUGGCGCCCCGGGCCGGGGGCACUCUGCCACCACCUGGAGCACUCAGGCCGAGCAGCCGAAGGCAGGGUGAGUACCCAGCAGGUGGGGUGGGGUGGGCGUGGCCACGGGCCUGACCUGAGCGCCCCGCAGGUGCAGUACCCGCGGGUGGACACGCAGCCCCAGCUCUGCCUCAAGUUCUCCACCAGCCGGGGCUUCUGGGUGAGGUGCCCUUUCAAAGGGCAACGCUUCCAAGCCUGGAAGAUGACCGUCCAGCCAGCAGCCUCUCAGGGCCACCUCCGGGUCACCUUCUUCUCGCCCGAGGCCGCCCACUUCCAGGUGUACCUGUGUCAGCAGAGGAAGAUGUGGCCCCCUGCCUGCCGCCCUGCACUCUGGGCAACCGCCCUCCCUCCAGCCUCAGGUGACUUCAUGGCAGGCCCUGCGGUCGCCUUCGUAGACGUUCCCAGGGACGAGGCUUGUGUUCCCAACACCUGCAUCCAGGGCCGGAGGACCGACAUGCUCUUCUCUGCCCCCCAGCAGCUGUGUGACCUUCGGUGCCCUGCCAGCCAGGGGACAGCAGACUGAGGCCAGGAGCUGCGUGUGGCACGAGUGAGUGCCCAGCUGAGCGCUGGGGGGCGGGGGGGCAGCGCCUGGGCCCCAGAGCCUCUGGCCUCGGAGCCCAAAGGUGCCUCACCCGCACCCAGGCCGUGGGGCCCGAGCCACGGGACUUUGAGCCAGACGGAGGCCUUUCAGGCCCGACGGACUUCCACGCCCCAGGCCAGGGGCCACCCACCGGCCACUGGGCUGUCGGAUGUGCCCCGUGGAAGUCUCACGCUGGCUUCUGAGGGCCUCCGGCUGCCCCUCCCAAGCUCCAUCAUCGGACUCUGGCAUCCCCCGCCCAACCCACAGACGGCAGGGACAGGCCCUGGGCUGCCCCCGAUGGUCGGCGGUGCUGCAAAUGCCCUCCUAGCCUGUGGCCUGGCUGCGCUGUCCUCCCGCCCCCGUAAUGGGGCUGCUGCCCCCACAAAGCCAGUACGCACCCCACACUCAGUAAACACGUG